AUGCGGCCAACACACCAAGCUCGCAUCGAAACCGAGGAGAAGGCAUUGGAAGCCUACCGCCAGGAGCGCUACCAGGGUAGCGCCCGAGUCCGCCUGGAUUGUCUGACCUUCGAGAAUGGCUUUGGUCGCUUGAUGGACGACGGCCGAAAUGCCCUCCGAAUGGAGCAGAUCCUUGAGAUACAAGGGUGCCUCCGUAUCAAUCGAGAGUACCAUGUGCCCGUCCUGGUCCAAGCCACGGACUGGGGCUCCCACAUCAGGCUAUUGCCGUGCGACACGGAGCCGUUUCCCGAGCUGAUCGUGCCCUUGAACAUGUCGCUGCGCGCCUUAGGCCACGAGAAUGUCAUCGCCGCAGCGCGAAAAAAGCUCUACGGCGAGAACCGAUGGUGGGUGGUCGAUGUGUAUGUGGAGGAUCCUAAUGAGCAACCACAAAGACAAACUCUCCAUUCCCAUCUCGUCCGCUCGCUCCGAGAGCAUUUUCCAAACCAACGCCGACCGCCGGACGGAUUGAUCUACGAAAGAAUUCGGUUUUAUCAAGGAAAGCUGGGCCAUCCGCCGGACGAACAUGCCGAGGCGGUGUGGUGGACCGUCCUCCGACACGACCCCAAGAGUAAGAAGCAUGUAUAUCUCCGGGCCUUUCUCCAACAUCCCAGUUUACCUGCAGCAUUUGAUGCCCUGCUCCUUAUUCCGGGGCUUUGGGCCAAAAUGCAACUGGGCGUGCUGCAUACCAUGGUGUCACUGCGAUGUGACGAGCCCAUCCUGUCCUACCUCGAAACCAUCCGCACUGUCUGGAUGGAUCGUAUUUUCGACGGGAGCAACACCCUUCCUGUUCACGCGGACGCAGAGACCGUUCACGCGCUGGAAUCUCAAGUCCCAAAGCUCUCGGAACCGGACCGGGAAUAUCUGCGAUCUCGGAUGAUGGACGACCGGACGUUAUUUCCAUCGAUCGACGAGUCCGACACACGGGCGGCAUUAUGGGAGCGACUGAAGCAGAUCGAUACCCCUAUUCCCACCCUAGGGACGUUCUUCCAGGACCUCCGUUUCUUAGGUGUUGCCAGCAAGGUGAUGAAGGCUCUUCUUCUUCCACCAGAGGACCUGGGCUCGAAGAAGGCCAAGAAGAUCACUAUCGACUGUGAACUCGGUACGCAGCAUCGGGCCGAUGGCAGCGUGUCAUUAAGAGAGACAAGACUGCAAGUACGGCGGGGGUUGCACGAGCUCUGGCGCUUCAGCUUCCAAUACGGGCUUGACAUGACCGAGAUUGCACGUCGUCAGCCGCAUAAGAGGAAGAAAGCGUGUAGCUCCUAUCCUGUCCCGAAUUGCUCGACAUCGGUUGACCGAAUGGCGUUGUGGCGCCACUUCUUCUGGCUGGCUGACCAACACGGAUUUCGGAUCCCGGCCAUAGCCGAGUUUAUGCCCGGACGAGUGACCCUGCCCACUCCGCAAACUCCGGAGGGCCUUGGUAGCACCGAACAGGAUGAAGCAGUGAAUCGACGUUGCGGUAUCCCAUACGCUGAUACGGUCGAUGCGGAUCGCUUCGCCCUGGAAGGGGGCAGACUAUGGCAGCCCUGGGAGUCCCCACAGGUUUCCGCUGUGUUCUUCCGACGGUCGCAGUUCCAGACCUUCUUUCGUUACCUUUGGGAUAGGAGUGGAAUCAAUCAGGCUACAAACGCCGAGGACGAAUCGGCAGCGAGCGAGGAAGCCGCGGCGGUAGAUCCGGAGAUCCCAGAUUGUGAUAUUGAGCAUCCGAUGCCCUCGCCAAGUCUCUCACAGCUGCCUGAAAGAAGCAAUUCAAUCGAUUGGUUCAUGGAAAUGUGGGACUGCGGGUUGGGAGGGAUGGCAAUGCCCGCGGGCGAUCUAGUCGUGGUCGUCACCAUCCCAAAUCAUGAACCAAGAAGACUUGCGCUGCCAAAUGACGAAUCACUAAUCAACGAGCUUUUCCAUGGUUUGAAGAUGCGCAAGUUCAGCCUCCACAGUACAGAUCACCGCAAUGUAACAGAAGAGGAAAAUCUCCACGUCUGGCAUCUGAGGAACCCAGGCCAGAAUGUUCUAGCCAGUUUGACCGAAGAGAAUGUACAGGAUUAUACGACAUCCGACGGGAAUCGGCUUAAAAGGAGGAGGAAGGGGCUGUCUGAGGCCAUAACUGACAUAGUUGCAUGGGUGGACGAGCAAAUUUUCAGACUAUCCACUCAUGCUCUUACUUACAGUUGGAAUGUACAAGAAGAGGAGGAGUAUUGA